GAUGCGCCCGUCGUUCGUUUGUGAUGCGCAAACGAACGGCUGUGCUCUUUCUUGAUAUAAAUUGUAGUGUGGGGUAAGAGACCAAAUGCUUUAGAGUUCAGGUUUCAAUGAGUCGCACUUUAGAGCGUAUUUUGGCACCUGAGGUACUUGUUGAUUGAGCCCUUUGUAUAGUGGAAUUUUUUUGAAUUUUACGAACGUUAAAUUUACAUAAGUCGUAUUUAGAUGGAGCUGAUUUGAACGAAUAAUGAAUUGCAUUUUAAGCGGUCGGGUACUGGUACAAUGUCGAUAUUAGUCUGAUUAGAUCGAGAAAAACAAUUUGCUUUUUGGUAGGCUUCAAUCUACUUUUAUAUGUUAACAAAAAUGGGCGCUCUAAAGCUUUUAAACUUAUAGCGGAUAUUUCAGUGCAAUGCGCCUGGACUAAAAUGAUUAAAGAAUUUGAAAAAUCCGGUCCAACUUAGACAUUAUCAUGUAAAAACAUCUGUAGCGUAAUGCUGAGUAGUUUGUCUAGCUCAUGCGGUCGAGUUUACAAACAGCGACUUUUUCGCAAAAAUGAAUUCCUUUGUUUCAAGUCACAGGUUGCCAAUCAGCGGCUUUGUUACCCAAUUUUAGAUUUCGUCUCAGCAGUAGCGACGCGGCGCAUUUGAUUUGCGUAUGGAGCGUUGUGAUAUCCGUCGGCUUCACUGAGAGGUCGUCUAUUUUCGGUCUGAUCGUCUGUGUUUUCCAAAAUAUUCCAGUGACGAACCACUAGUUCGACAAACACUUUCGAUGCGGCCAAAACGCGACGCGGGCCCCUGCGAUGCAGGCCAGGCUUUGCCCCGUUUGAAUGGGUGAUUUUCGACCCACUCUGAACAUUCCCCUUGUCUAGAAGGUAUUCGUCAGUUUUUGUGUGGGAUCGCUUUUGCUGUCGUACAGGAACUUUUUUCGUUGCCCACAUGUCUGCUACUGUGGCCUCUCCUGCCUCGCUGGGACCCUGGUCGGCCUCCCAACGAAAAGCGGCCUCAAGAAUUUUCGCUCAGGCCUUGUUCUCCGCCUUGCCUAAACCUCCCAGAAUUGCGGAUCUUCCGUACACAUCUGGAAAGGAGGCAUUAGUUGAGCAGAAAAUCGAAUCAGGCCAAGUGAAAAAACAGUACAAUAACGUAAACUCGUAUGAAUCGGACCAAGACGACUAUAGCGAUGAAGAUGAGAGUGGCUCGAGUUAUUCGGAAAGCGAUUAUUAUGAUUCUUCGAUCUAUUCUGAAGAGAAGCAGAAGGAAAGUGUACUGCGCUGCAAUGCGCUUCACUCUACCAGGACAUAAUUUAUGUGGCACUUUAAUUGGAACACACGACGAAUCAGAUAUUGAAAUUAUUUUUAACCGGCUGUGAAGAGGCUCUGAUUGCAAUUGAGAUUGAUUGUCGUCAAGAGUGGCAUCCAAAUGC